AGAAAACAGCCUCCGGGUAUACACGAAUUGCAAUGCUUCUGCGGAGAUGAUGAUGAUGAUGAUGAUGAUGAUGAUGAUGAUGAUGAUGAUGAUGAUGAUGAUGAUGAUGAUGAUGAUGAUGAUGAUGAUGAUGAUGAUGAUGAUGAUGAUGAUGAUGAUGAAUUCUCCCUUAACGAUAUUCACAAUCAAUUUUUGAUGAGUUUCGGAUUGUCGCAUCACAUCUCGUUAUAUGAAUUGCGUGUACUCACUCAAGAUUCUCAAUGUUUACACAGAAUCGCUUUGAUCCAUCUGAGCCGAGGAUUAUGUAACAUUAUUGUGGGCUUGCUUGCAAAUCUUCUGAAUAUGUAUCAUCCUGUCACCGUACUGCAUAAAUUUUUUCAUGGAUUCGGAAGCACCAAGAUGAUGGAACUACGCCUUAGAUUUACGUCGAUGAAACAGGUAGGUCAGCAGACAUUUGAAUUGCCUGUUUCACUGGCCUGGUACACCACAUACCAGCGAUCGAGUACACCACCCCAUCUGCAGCCCACAAUUUUUGAAUUGUGGCCAAUGUACCAGUCUUCUGUCACAUUGAUGUGA